AUGGUUCGGUCAGAUGCCACGUCGUCAAUAGGAGAGCAGCAGAGCACUAAACGGGUCGUAAACGCAAGUCUUCCCCGGUCGAAGAGAAAGAGGCGCUGCGAUAAUGCGACACCCUCCUGUGGACAAUGUGCAAGGAUCAGCGCCCCUUGCAAUUACAUUGAGCGAAAGCAUCGGGGAGCUGGCAAGAAGAAGGCCUACGUCCAGCAUCUCGAGGAGCGGCUGAGUUUGGUAGAGUCUGCCUUGCAGCACCCUACCUCGCGGAUUACUACCUCCCUGACUCCUCCUCAAGGCGACCAUUCUUGCCAUUCCCCCACAAGAGACCACUCCCCUCUGAUCGAACAAUCUGCAGAAGCGCUGAUUGCAGGAGUCGAAAUCCAGGACGACUUAGAAGUUGACCAUGAGGCAACAGCUGCACAUGAAUUACAAACCUCACCUCGCGAACGACUCAUUCUGAAACUCAGCGAGUUUGCGAUUCAAACCAACGUCGAGUACCAAUGGAUGCAAUCUCAUGCAGAUCGGAGCAGCUUCCAAAGGAGAGUAUUUGCAGGGCUUCCCCUGCAGCAGCAGACCGAGCAGCUCAUACAUCCUGUACUGGAAGAACUUCAAGUCUACGGUGCUCUAUUAAGCGCCGAAUCUUUGCAGUUUUUGCUGAGCCAGCAGUACGCAGCGGGCUUUGACUGUGCCACUGAUUGCUCCCGAUGGGCCAUCGUGAACGCAGUCUUUGCCAACGCCUUCAUGUGCAGAGCAACCAACGAGUCCCUGGCACAAUCAGCUCCGAUCGCAUGGAGCUACUUCAAGAACUCGUUCUCUGUAUUUCCAGAGCUCAUCAUCCAAGAACCGAAUCCCUCAGCGUGCGAGGCCCUCCUGUAUAUGGCAAUGUUCAUGUUAUGCACAGCUGAUAUACAAACGGCCUCGCUGCUCACUGCUGCAGCUGUUCGCCAAAUCUGCAACCUCGGCAUGCACCGGAAAAGUUAUCACCUCUCUGUUGAACCCCUCACAGCAGAUAGGCAUAAGCAGGUCUUCUGGAUGGCCUACAUACUUGAUAUUGACUUGAUGCACAAGUGCGGCUUGCAUUCAGCCUUUGGGACCAGCAGGCCGACGUUGAGCUGUCUCGUCAAGGUUCACAUGGUGUUGGCUCGUUCAAACGCCCGGGAAUCUUCAGCCUCGGCUCAACUAUUCGCUCUCGGAAGAAACAACAUUGAAUUCACCAUGCCAUUCUCUUUGGCCAUGUGUGCAACUGCAUCCCGUGGCAUACUCAGUGUUACGCAAAGUUUGCCGCCACUGUCAUUCUUUCACCUUUGGUACGUGCUCAUUUGCCCCGGCAUCAUCAAUCUCACACAGCUUCCUAAUCGCAGAAAAGGGGGUACUCUCUGCUAUCCCCUCUCCGCUAUCUUCGCCCUACUUUUGACAGUUUUGGAGAAUCCUGCGACCGCGUUAGCAAAUGCAGACGUCGGGAGAAUUGGGGAAUUCGUCCAGUUUCUCCACCGGCUUAGGGGUGAAGGUUGCAAUGUCCAUAGAAUCCUCGCGGGAUGCGUCGAAAUUCAUCAGAUCGCAGAAUGCGCUGUGCACUUCCACGAGGGCCCCAAGAGUUUCUCAGUACAUUGGGAGAUGCGUCAUUCGAAUGCUUUGCCGGCACGGUUGGAGUCGAUUCGUCAAAGGCUGCUUCUUAUUCCAGACUGGUUGUAUCUAGCGCAGGGACUUCUAAGCAACAUCCCCUCGUUGCGUACCCAGGCGGAGGUUCUUCUUCUCGGUAUCUUUGAGGUGGAGAAGACUACGGGCACUUACGGCUUGUUCGUUCCUGAACUGUUGAAGCCGCAUAAUCAUGGGUUUUCAUACGGGCCUUAG